AUGGCGACCGGUGAGAGGCGAUCAAAUCUCAGGUUGCUCAGGACGUCAUUGAUUCUGGACCAAGGCGACACACGCACGACUCGCCAUGGAGACUGUCUCAGACUGUGUACUUACAACGCGAGAACAGUUUCCACAGACGCCGACCUGCAUGCCCUUCUCGGAGCUGCAGAGCGUAUCAAAUUUCACGUGAUUGCUCUGCAGGAGACCAAGUGCAGAAGGAGCGACGUACGACAGAUGAAUGACGGUACACUCGUCAUUCGUGGAGAGAAGGUUCCGUCGCGAAAUGUAGGCGGUGUUGGUUUCGUUGUGCACCCAUCUGUCGUCCAUCUCGUCGAUUCUCACGAGAUCCUGUCACCUCGUCUGGCCAUUCUUCGCCUCCGCCCUCUGCGCCAAAAACCCAUCAGUAUCAUCAACUGCUAUUCACCAACAUCAGCAGCUGAUGAUUCCGAAUUGGACGCGUUUUAUGAGGAGCUGGAGGAAGUAGUCUACAACGAGAAGUCCUUUUACAAAUUCGUUGUCGGAGACUUCAACGCAAAACUAGGAAAGGCCACAGAAGAGGAAUACAGGAUUGGAAGAUUCGGACUAGGGGGUCAUAGAGGUUUGCCGGGAAUACCGCCUGCCCCUUGUUCUAACCUUCGUCGACUAUGA